AUGGCGAGCUGGAUGGGCGUCUAUAUAGGCUUCCUGCUUGCUGACAUGUCCGAAUGUCGAGCGCGCGUACAUAAUCACUCCCAUCACGCCGGCACGCGGUUCGAAACUGAUGCCACUCUUCGCACGCUUGUAGUCAGUCCAUUCCGCCCACCAUCGCUCUCACUCAUGGCAUACAACGAUCGACUGGCCGCCGCCAGGGCUCGAAGAGGCCAAGCCAUCGAACUCUCGGAUUUGAAUGGGCAACCUGCUCCGGCCACUCCUACUCCAGCCAGUCCUGCUGCUGGUCAGAGUGAUCUACCUGCCUUCCUAGCCGAAGAUGCGUCAAUCCAACAAGGCAUUCAACAGUUGAAGAACAACGUCGCACAAUUAGCAACACUACGCCUUCAAUCUCUUAAUGCAAUUGAUGAUUCGAGACAUACCUACGCAGAACGGAUCGAUUCUCUGACGACUGAAACUCGGACGUUAACACAAGAGCUCAAGGAGCGCAUCCAAAAUCUAGAGAGGACACCUUUGACCCAAGACGCGCAGCUCCGCAGGAAUCGGUUAACUCUGCUUCGUACCAAAUUCCUCGAAGCGCUUCAAGACUACCAGCGAGAAGAGCAGGAAGGCAGGGUGAAAUCCAGGGAGAGAGUGGAAAGGCAACUGAAAAUAGUCUACCCCAAAGCUACCCCAGAGGAAGUUGCCACUGCCGUGAAUGGAGGAGGCGACCAAAUUUUCGCCCAAGCACUUACGUCGUCGACACGUUACGGGGAAUCACGGGCAGCUUAUCGAGAAGUCCAGGAAAGACAACAAGAUUUGCGACGGGUUGAGCAAACCUUGGCCGAAUUAGCGCAAUUAUUUUCAGAUAUGGGGACACUUGUUGAACAGCAGGAUGCAAUCAUCUCUGACGUUGAAAAGACCGCACAGACUGUCACCGAAGAUACCGAGAAAGCCCUCAAAAACACAGAAACUGCGGUAGUGCAUGCUAAAUCGUAUCGAAAGGGACGCUGGAUAUGCUUCUUCAUAUUCCUUGUGUGUAUCGCCAUUCUGGCCAUCGUUCUGGGUAUCGUCUUUGGCCGUCGAUGA